CUUCCCCAUUGGGUUUUCAAGCACCAAACUGUGGUGACCAGGACCUGGUUGGCUCUGGGACGCCCCAUCUCAGGUGCACGGCCGGGCAUCAUGACAGGUACGGGAAGGCGGCAGACAGUGCUGAUGAAAAUCCGAGCUGCUUGGUCCGACUUCUUGCCUUCUGGCCUGGCGCCCCUCUUGGUUCAUGAUUUUUGUUGCUCCAGGAAGCCUACCAGCACCCAUUUUCCGCCUCAGAAUUGGUCACCCUAAUUGACCCAUGCCACAUACCCGCAAUUAGGUCACCCACGCGUGGCCGUGGACUUGACGGAACAUCUCUAAUCUGCAGUCUGAAAACCUGCCUGGCCGCGUCUGUUGCACAGCCGAAUCCUCUGCUGCUGAUUUGCACCCUCCCAUACCGCGCUCGGUCGACGCAGCCCUACACCAACCCGGCACCACACAACGCCGCUGUGGCCUUGGACGGCUGCUCUAGAGACUUUAGUCCGCGUGGCCGGGUGCUGCCGCUCUUUCAGCUCCUAAUCCUGCUGCCCCAGGGCCCUACCAGCUAAUCUUGGCGGCCCACGACGCACGCACCGGCGCUGCUGCCAGCCGUCCUCCUCGACCGCACGAGACCCGACCGACCGAAUCGCCCGCGGCCGAAUCUUGCGCGCUGGUUCAGCUCCAAGUGGCCACGGCCGAAAGCCUGUCGCCAUGAGGUUGCUACGCGGCAAGUCGGUCCCUGGCCUCAGGUUCAUACCCGUGGUGUGCCUCCCGUGCAGGCUCAUUCCACCGCGCGCCCUCAAGAUAAUACUACGCGUCGCCGUCAUCAUCACCAUCGUGUCCGUCGCCAUCGUGCUCUACCUGCGGCGAAUAUGCCUGCUCGGCGGCUACCCGGGCAUAUACGGCGGGACGUGCUGGAGGGAUCGAGCCUACGCCUCGGCCGAGGUCGAGACAUACGACCGCUCGCUGCCGAGCCCCGUGCCGACCGUCCACUUCGUUGUUGCCACUACAAGGAAGGAGUGGCUACUCGGGCAGACGGCGUGGUUGACGGAAGCCAACCUGGCCGGCCUGCUGGGCUUGCCCGCGGACAAGGUGGCACUCAAGCGAUACGUGGCCGACGACCCCAAGGCCGAGUACCACCCCGUCACAAACAAGGGCCACGAGACGUCGGCGUACCUGACGUACCUCUCGACCCACUACGAGAAGCUACCCGACGUGGCCAUCUUUAUGCACGCGAGCGAGUUCCCCUGGCACACGGAGCUGAUGAUGCUCGGGUCCAUGUCGUACGUGCUCCAGCGCAUAGACAUGAACCACAUCCUCAAGUACGGCUACACCAACCUGCGGGUCAGCUGGAUGAGCGGAUGCCCGGACUGGAUCAACACGACCAUCUCGGCAAAGGACUCGGGGAAGAAGGAGGAGCCGCUCGUCAAGCAGGCGUGGAUCGACAACUUUGCGGCCAAGGGCGCGGCGCACAGGAGCGCGCCCGAGAUCCUGGGCGUGCCGUGCUGCAACCAGUUCGCCGUGACGCGGGCCGCCAUGCAGCGCAAUAAGAAGGCACAGUACGACCGCUCGCUCGAGUGGCUGCAGACCACGCCGCUCGACGACACGCUCUCGGGCCGCGUGUGGGAGCACAUGUUCCACUACAUGUUCACGGGCAAGGCCGUCGAGUGCCCGCUCGAGCGCAAGGCCUACUGCUCGCUGUACAGGAUAUGCCUCGACCAGGACGACUGGCGCACCUACAGCGCCGCCGUCGAGGAGGACCUCAAGCUUCGACUGUCGCUCAUCAGCCCCUACGCCGUCGUCUGGCGCCCCUGGUGGGGCUGGCACUUCACCCGCCGUCUCGAAACGCUAGGCAACACGAUAAUACGGCUGCGGCACAAGGGCCUUGUGCAGGGCAAGCAUGCCGAGGCCCUCCACAGCGUCGGCGACAUCUACGCCGAGUGAGCUGGGUUUUGCGGGUCGGUUCGGACCUAUUAGGGGGUUCGUUAUGAUAAUGGGGGCUGUCUUUUUCUCUUGCCUGUCUUUUUUGUUUUUAUUAUCUUCAUGUGAAUGUUCGGGUAGGCGUGAUGGAAACAUUCAAAACAACCAGGGUCAGGGGCAUAAUCCGAUGAGUUCACGUUGGCGCUAGAGCAGAUGGGGAUAGAUUUUAUUGUACAUGAGGCGUUGGUGCACCCUCUGUGGCUCUCGUCACGGCUUCUGUGGACAUGGACUGUAGGGAGUCCCCAGGCGUCUGACUCCCGUCUCUUGGUACCCAGAUAGAGGCAUGUGUUUGUUGUGUAUAACCACAUUGACUUGGCGGGCAACGGCGAAUAUGAUUUCUUUGGUGGCAGCCAUGAUGACGUGGUCAAUCAAAGUGCUUACAGAUAAUUCAUGUUAUUCGUC